AUGGCAGACCAUCUUUACGAACUCCUGGGUCCCCAUCUCCCCCCAGGGGAUGCGAAUACGUCGCAGGAUCCGACCACGAUUCAAUACCUCAACCGGCUGCCCACGUUGUCCUUGCAGGCCUUGCAGACAACAGAACGCCAGUCGCUAUCGCAGUCCGCUCAUUCGACUCUACUAUCCCUCCAAGCCCUCUCCAAUCGAUCCCACAAAACCUUCAUCGCCUCCGCAGACAACCUGUCCGGUCUCCGCACAUCUAUCCCGCAGUUGACCAGCCAAGUCGAGCAAUUACGCGAUGGAAUCCCCAAAUUAGACGAGGAAGCUGUUCUGUUCUCGUCGAAAUAUAGUCGAGCAAUGGAAAAUGCCACUCUUGAGAGGCGGAAGAAGGUCAUGCAGCUCUCGCGAAAUGUUGACCGGAUUUCUGAUAUCUUAGAGCUGCCCACGUUGCUCGCGACUGCUGUGUCCUCUGCGGCGGCCAACUCGGGGAACACGGGAGGUUCAUUCUCUACGACCUACUCUGCUGCGCUAGAUCUAUAUGCCCAUAUCAAGAGGCUACAAACGCUCUACCCGGAUUCUCCCUUAGUCAAAGACGUGGCCACUCAGGCAGAGGACGCGAUGAAGGAUAUGACAUCGAACCUUAUUACUGCUCUUCGUGCACAGAAUCUCCGGCUUGCAGCGGCUAUGCGGACGGUCGGCUGGUUACGCAGAGUAGCUCCAGAGCUGGAGACUGUUCAUGGUGAUGGGGUAACCAGUGCUGGUGGAGGUGCACUCGGAGCCUUAUUUCUGAUUUGUCGACUCGCAAACCUAGUGUCCACAUUGGAAGCAUUAGAGCCUUUAAGGGAACUUGCGGACCAGGAAACCCAGCGCAGGGCGCGAAAUGCAGAUCAGAAGAGCAGCGCAACUACUUCCUGGGCGGACGGGCAUCAAACGGAAAAGUUUUUAAAACGGUAUAUCGAGAUAUUCCGCGAACAAAGCUUUGCUAUCGUCUCCCUCUACAAGAAUAUCUUUACCCCUGACCAGUCGGAGCCCGAGGCCUUAGCCACAGGUUUGCAGGGAAUUGAUGCACGAAUGAAAGCAGCAGCGUCGCCACAGCCAGACCGUAAAGGCGACCCCUUGCAGUGCCUUCCGCCUGCGCUCGCAACGUUUCCUAUGCACCUAGUUCAGUUAUUGACAGACACUUUGCGUACCUAUCUUCCCAAUGUUCGAGAUAAGAGUGCGCGGGAAAGUCUUCUGACCCAGGUGCUGUACUGUGCCGCUAGCCUGGGACGACUAGGGGGUGAUUUUAGCAUGAUCCUAACUGAAAUGGACGAUGUUGAAGAUGAAGGAACGGAAGAUCUUGCCUACGAAUGGGAGGAGGUGAUGCGGAAACACCGGGCUUUGGCUGGACGUCUUGAGCAACUUACAGGCGCAAAUUCCACUAGUCCCACUGGAUCGUCGAAGGGGGUCCUACGAGCACCCUCCCCGGCCGUGUUACCGUCAAGCCUUGUUUCAAGUUCACACUCGUGA